UAAUUAUCAUUUCCUUUAAAUACUCACAAGCUACCCCAACUGCCCUCCUCCAAGUAUAUACAAACUCUUGCACAUUACUUCAUCUACCAUAUCUAAACUCAUCCAUAAAACCUUUCAAACUCUUCUUUUUCAACUUACCCUUUUCCCAUUCAAAGAUUUCAUUUACAACCCACAAAUUUCAAUCAACUUUUAAGAAAACUUAAAUAAGGCUAAAAAAUUAAGCCUUUUUCCUACAAUAUCAUCUUUUUUGGGUUAAUUUUGAUAAACCCACCAAGAAUUGCAAUGGAUUGGUAUUCAUGGCUAUCAAAAACUAGCUUAGAUUCUUCAAUAGUGUAUGAAUAUGCACUAGCAUUUACACAAAAUGAGCUAGAAGAAGAAGAUAUAGCCUAUUUCAACCAUGAAUUUCUUCAAAGUAUGGGAAUAAUUAUAGCCAAACAUAGGCUAGAAAUCCUAAAACUAACUAGAAGAGAAAAAAGCCAUGAAUUAAGCUUAAAACAUCCUAUGGCAAAACUUUUUCUUGUUUUGAAAAAGACUAAAAAGUCUUUGGCUAAUUAUAUAGCUACUUUGGUUCAUGGAGAUGAUGAUAGAGCACUAAUUCUUUUUUCAAAUAAGAACAAGAACAAGAAGAAUAGGAAUGGUGGUGCUAUUAGUUAUAGUUCAAGAUGGAAAAGAUCAAUGAUGAUGAGGAGUAAUAGUAGGAAGUUAACGAUGGUUAAUAGUGGUGUUAAUCAAGAGAAAUUAAUGCUCACUAAUGGUGAUUAUUUGGGUGAUUAUGAUGGUGAUGAUUCUAUGGUUGUGUCCACACCUAAGCUUGAUAGUUACUCUAGUCCUUUGAUGUAUGAUCUACAACAAAACAAGGAAGAGAAAAUCAUUGAUGAUCAAGAUGAUCAUGAUCAUUAUUGGACUCCUACUCUUGAAGAAAUCAGGUGGGAUGCCAUGUUUCAAGAUUUAAAGCCUACCUAAUUUUCUUUUCUUUUAGUUUUUUUUCCCCUGUUUUUAAUUGUGGAUUAGCUCAGUGGUUGAGUUCUUUUCACUCUUAGAAUAGAUGUUUGAUUCUCACUAUCUAUUCCUUUCACAUGUAGAAAAUCUCUAGCCUUACCCCAAUCAUACCAUUGUAUUACCCCAACACUAUAAAAUGAGUCGGCUCCCACCUAAAUGGGAUUUGAGGUCGCAUGUCUGCAACCUUUCCAUGUUACCGAUAAUAAAUAGAUCAUUUUCGAUUGAUCUUUGAUAUCCAACCUCAUAUGCUGCUUCACAUUAAUAAAAAAACGCAAAUAUUUAACGAGUCAUUUUAAUAUAGUAGAUAGAAAACUACAAAUCUUUAAUCCAUUAAAAUAAGACAUACAUAAGAUUUGCUUUUGAAUGCUUUCAAAUUAUUUUUAUUUCCCCUUUCUUUUUUGACUGUUUUAUUCCACCAUAUAAGGUUUAAGAGUAGACAGAUUUCUUGACUUUUUAAAUUUCUUUUUGGUAAGUGGGUCUUAUGGAAAAAAGAGGAAAAUUACUUUUAGUUACUAAAGUUAUGGGUGUUAUAGAAAAUAGUUAUCCUUGUAGCCUUAAUCUUUAUUUAUGUAUAUGCAGACAUAAUGAGUGCAGAUAAUUUGUUUAUCCUGUGACUGAUAUCAGGUCAAGAUUUUCAGUAAGACCAUAUCAGAUUCUGUAACUCAGUUUUAUGGGGCUGAUUAGGCCUUUUGCUUAUUUAAUUUGAAGAUGUAAUUAGAUCCAUAAAUGUAAUUUAUGCACUGUUAUAUACUAGAACUAUCAUUUGUAAUGUUAUGUUUGCAAUUCACUAUAUUAAUUUAUUCAGAUGCGAAUUCAAGACUA